GCGGGCGUCCCCCUCCCACGGCCCGGCCAGUGGAAGGCGCCGGCAGCCGGGGCUCCGAGUGGCCGCGGCGGUGGGCUGUGCCCGAGUCUCCUCCCUUUGGCCGGCCGCAGGCCAGCAGCCCCAGUAUCUCCGACCCUGCCGUCAUGACCACUUCCCAGCUCUUUCGCGCACUGGUGUCUGCUCAGUGGCUGUCCCAGGCGCUGAGGGCCCCACGUGCUGGGCAGCCUUUGCAGCUGCUCGACGCCUCCUGGUACCUGCCCAAGCUGGGCCGCGAUGCACGGCGUGAGUUCGAGGAGCGCCACAUCCCGGGCGCUGUUUUCUUUGACAUUGACCAGUGCAGCGACCGCACUUCGCCUUACGACCACAUGCUGCCCCCCGCCGAGCACUUCGCCGAGUACGUGGGCCGCCUGGGCGUAGGCACCGGCACGCACGUGGUGGUCUACGACGCCAGCGAGCAGGGCCUGUACGCGGCGCCGCGAAUCUGGUGGAUGUUCCGGGCCUUCGGCCACCGCGCCGUGUCACUGCUGGACGGGGGCCUCCGCCACUGGCAGCGCCAGGGGCUCCCACUCAGCUCCGGCAAGAGUCACCCGGCGCCCGCCGAGUUUCACGCGCAACUUGAUCCUGCCUUCGUCAAGACCUACGAGGACAUCAAGGAGAACCUAGAAGCCCGACGCUUCCAGGUGGUGGAUGCUCGUGCGGCUGGCCGCUUCCGUGGCACGGAGCCGGAGCCCCGAGACGGCAUUGAGCCCGGCCACAUCCCUGGCACCGUGAACAUCCCCUUCACAGAGUUCCUGACCCCAGAGGGCCUGGAGAAGAGCCCCGAGGAGAUUCAGCGAUUGUUCCAGGAGAAGAAGGUUGACCUGUCCCGGCCGUUGGUGGCCACCUGUGGCUCAGGAGUCACCGCCUGCCACGUAGCCCUGGGGGCCUACCUCUGCGGCAAACCUGACGUGCCCAUCUACGACGGCUCCUGGGUGGAGUGGUACAUGCGCGCCCCGCCCGAGGACGUCAUCUCUGAGGGCCAGGGCAAGACACACUGAAGCCAGGAGGGACGGCUCAGGCCACACCCCUGCUGGUGCUGGCUCUGCCCUUGCAGCCAGCCAUUGUGUGAACUCAUGAGCUCCCAGUGGAAGUGAAGACAGCAAGAGGGCAGGGGCUACUGAGGCCCCCACCCCAGCUGCCCUGCGUGGUGCUGCCUUCAGUUGCACAGUUGAGGAAAUAAAACAGCACAGGUCUUGCUCCACCCUUUAAUCCUUGGCGCCUCCCUCUGGCUCUGGGCUGUAUAAUGUGAACUUGGCCACACAGGUAGGCUGGUGUAUCUGCCUGCAAGAGACUGACGGGCCGUCUGGUAGGAAGCUGCCAAGAGGAGGUUCCAGGGAAUAGCUGAGUUCAUGCCCAACUUGGGGGAAAAUUGGGGUCUCCACUGAGGGAACUCGCACCUAGAGGCUGGGUCUUUGCACCUAGCAGGUGCUGGGGGGCGGGGCAUCUGAUUCCUGACCCCACUUCUUCCCCACUGCCUGCUGAACAUGGGCUCCUGAGCAAGCUGAACAUGGGUGCCUGAGCAAGCCCCAGAUGCCUUGUGGGGUCUGGGGUCACCCUUGAUGGGGGGGUCACUGACAAGGGGGUCACUUGGACCCCCAGCUCCCCAGACAGCUCCAUGUUACUGUU